GUGUAUGCGUGCGUACGUCAGUGUAAGCGGACCUUUUUUUCUUGCGACCUUACUGUUCUUCCGCCUUCAAGCACAACGCGUAGCAGUACAUAUAUUAUGUCACGUAUUAGCCUUACAGGUCGCAGUAAUCACUCAUGUGGUUACUGUCAUUCAGACGGAGACACUUCAUAUACCUAUGGCAUGUGGGCUCAUGCUCUCACUUGUGCCGACUAUCAAGCUCUCAUUGAUCGCGGAUGGCGACGGUCAGGCCAGUAUUUGUAUAAGCCAGACCUCAGUAAAAGCUGUUGCCCGCAAUAUACCAUCAGAUUGGAUGCGAACGGAUUCAAGCCAUCAAAAGGACACCGCAAGGUGAUAAACAAGUUUAAUCGCUUUGUUGAAGGAAGUUGGAAGCCAACCAAAGAGGAUGAGAUGGAUAAAGAUGGAAAACAGCAGCAUCUGUCCAAAGUCAACUACGAUACCAAAAAGAGUUUGAUCGAAAACAUCAACCUGGUUGAAAAAGACAAAGAGCCAACAGAACAUCCCUAUGAACACAAGUUUGAGGUGGUCCUGGAACCGUCCUCGGUAACAAAGGAAAAGUUUGAACUGUAUCGCAAAUACCAAGUACAUAUUCAUCACGAUGAAUUUGAUGAUGUUUCUGAACGUUCGUUCAAACGAUUUUUAGUCGAUUCACCGCUCAAGCUUGAAAGGUUCCCUGAUAAUAAGCCUGGCCAAGGAUAUGGCUCAUUUCAUCAAAAGUAUAUACUCGACGGCAAAUUGAUUGCUGUGGCUGUAUUGGACGUGCUUCCGAAAUGCACCUCGUCAGUAUACUUUCUAUACGAUCCGGAUUACAGCUUUCUCGGUUUGGGCAAGUACAGCGCGCUGCGCGAAAUCAGCUUAGCCCAAGAACUGAGCCAAUCUGUUUCAAAUGAACUACAUUGGUAUUAUAUGGGUUUCUAUAUUCAUUCAUGUCCCAAGAUGAACUACAAGGGCGGAUACCAACCAUCCGACUUGUUGGACGCCGAAACGUACCAAUGGUAUCCCAUUAACGAGUGCACAAAGUUACUUGACAAGAAAAAGUUUGCCGUUUUUUCAGAACCGGAUAAGGAAUGGAAUGGGCAACAACAAGGAGACGAAGAAGAUCGGAUACCGGGCACAUUGCACAAGAGCAAAGUGAAGGCACGAGAUGUAGACAAUACCCAUGUGCUGCUGAAAAAGACUCAAACGGCUCCGGUGUCUGCAUUGGUAGGAUGGUACGAUUCCUCAGAAUUUAGGGAUAUUAUCCUUGAGUAUAUUGCUGUAGUUGGUCCGGAUUUGACCAAACGAUUAGUGAUCGACUUUUGAAAAGCAAAAUUAAAAUAAAAGCAUGC